UUCAGUGCCUAGAGCGGUCGCCGGCGUCACUUCCGCUCACGGCCUAAAAACCGCCCCCGCGCACUGCGUCUCUUCCUCUCCGGCUUGGGCUUCGGUUCCGGCGACAUGGCGAAACGCACCAAGAAGGUCGGGAUCGUCGGGAAAUACGGGACCCGCUAUGGUGCCUCCCUCCGGAAAAUGGUGAAGAAAAUUGAAAUCAGCCAGCACGCCAAGUACACCUGCUCCUUCUGUGGCAAGACCAAGAUGAAGAGACGAGCGGUUGGCAUCUGGCACUGUGGUUCCUGCAUGAAAACAGUGGCUGGCGGGGCCUGGACCUACAACACGACUUCUGCCGUCACAGUGAAGUCCGCCAUCAGAAGACUGAAGGAGCUGAAAGACCAGUAGAAGCACACCGUCAGAGACCUGCCUGUGCUCCAAUAAAUGGGUUAAUUUACGUAA